AUGAUGCCUGACCGAACAAAUUGUGAAUUAGCUCAUUUAUAUUUUAAUCCUAAAACACAUAAGGAUGGUAUACCAGUUCGACCUAUUGAAAGUACUAUUCAUGCUUCAACUACAAAAAUUUCAAAAUUCUUAGACAAAAUUUUACGACCAAUAUUUGAUGAUAAAUGCAAAGAUACAACUAUUAUUGAUGGCGCUUCUUUAAUUACUGAACUUUCAAAAUAUAACAAAAAAGGUCUCUUAAAGCCAACAACUCUUUUUUGUACAUUUGAUAUUCGUAAUUUAUAUACAAUGUUACCACAAGAAGAAUCAUUAGAUAUUCUUAUGACAUUUCUUCAUGCUCAUGGUUAUAGAAAAGUGAAAGGAAUUAGUAUUGAUACAAUAAAAAAAUUAGCUUCAAUUAUUCUCAAAGAUAAUGUUUUUGCUUAUGG